AUGCCCGUCGUCCCGCCUGAGAAGCUCAUCAAGCUUCAACAUGCCGCAGAUGGCAUUCGAAACAUUUGCAUCCUCGCCCACGUCGACCACGGCAAGACAUCGCUGUCGGAUGCCCUCAUCGCCACGAAUGGCAUCAUUUCGCCAAAGCUGGCGGGCAGGAUACGCUACCUCGACUCGAGGCCCGAUGAACAACUCAGAGGAAUCACCAUGGAGUCUUCGGCAAUCUCUCUAUACUUUUCCCUCCUAAAACGCUCUGCGCCAGACGCCGCUCCCGAGCAAAGAGAAUACCUCAUCAACCUCAUAGACUCUCCCGGACACAUUGACUUCAGCAGUGAGGUCUCUACCGCUUCAAGACUGUGUGACGGCGCUGUUGUGCUGGUGGAUGCUAUCGAAGGUGUCUGUAGUCAGACUGUCACUGUUUUGCGACAAUGUUGGAAUGAAAAACUAAAGCCUUUGCUUGUCAUCAACAAGAUGGAUCGCUUGAUCACAGAAUGGAAGAUGGGCCCUCAGGAAGCCUACACACAUUUGAACAAGACCAUCGAGCAAGUAAAUGCUGUCAUGGGUAGCUUCUUCCAAGGCGAGCGAAUGGAAGACGACUUGCGCUGGCGCGAAAGAGUCGAAGAGCGUGUGAGCGCAAAGUCUACAAAAGAUACUGUCGUCGAUGAUGAUACCAAUGUCUCAACGUCAGAUGUGCCUGCCGAAUACGAAGAGAAGAGUGAUGAGCACAUCUACUUUGCUCCCGAGAACAAUAAUGUCAUUUUCAGUAGUGCCAUCGACGGCUGGGCCUUUACGCCUCGCCAGUUUGCUGCCAUCUACGAUAAGAAGCUGGGUAUGAAGAGAGAGAUCUUGGAAAAAACUCUAUGGGGUGACUUUUACCUUGACCCCAAGACCAAAAGGGUGCUUGGAAGCAAGCAUCUCAAGGGCAGGAACCUGAAACCCAUGUUUGUUCAACUAGUCCUUGAGCCGAUUUGGGCUGUCUAUGAAGCGACUACAGGCGGUGAUCAUGGAAAGGGUGACCCAGCGCUCCUUGAGAAGAUUACCAAGUCUCUCAACCUUACCAUCCCGCCGCACAUCACAAGAUCGCGCGAUCCUCGUGCUCUUUUGACCACCGUCUUUGCAAGCUGGCUGCCUUUGUCUACCGCUAUGCUUGUAUCAGUUAUUGAACAUCUGCCAUCCCCUGUCAAUGCCCAAGCAGCACGUAUCCCGCCACUCUUGGAGGCUUCCCCUGGCCAUGAACAUAUUGAUCCGAAGGUAGCUACAGCCAUGACGGAGUCCAGAAAGUCAACCGAAGAGCCUGUUGUUGCCUACGUCAGCAAGAUGGUGUCGGUACCCGAAAGCGAGCUUCCUAUCAACAAGCGACGAGGUGGCGCACUUACUGCUGAAGAAGCCCGUGAAUUGGGUCGCAAAAAGAGAGCCGAAAUCGCAAAGGCACAAGCGCUUGCAAAUGGAGAAAAUGCAGACGUUGAUGCCGCUGCUGACGCCCUUAGUACAGUGGCCAUCGGAGAGGAUGACACGGUCGACUCGGCACUCAACGAAGAAGAAGUAGCAGAGCAAGAAGAUAAAGAACAUCUGAUUGGAUUUGCGCGUCUGUAUUCGGGAACGUUGACGGUUGGUCAGGAGAUUUAUGUUCUCCCACCCAAAUUCACUCCAGCCAAUCCGAGAGCCGCCCCCGAACCCAAGAAGGUCACAAUUACUGCCCUGUACCUUCUCAUGGGACGCAGUCUGGAAGCUCUCAAUUCCGUCCCUGCAGGUUCCGUCGUAGGUAUUGCAGGCCUUGAAGGUGCUAUUCUCAAGUCCGGAACUCUUUGUUCUCAACUCGAUGGUGCCCCCAAUCUUUCUUCGUCAUCAGCCAUCAGCACCAAUGCGCCCAUCGUGCGUGUUGCAGUCGAACCGGCAUGGCCCGCAGAUCUGGACAAGAUGGUCAAGGGCUUGCGUCUGCUUGAACAGGCUGAUCCAGCAGUAUUGUACGAGCAAUUGGAAAGUGGUGAGCACGUCAUUCUUACUGCUGGCGAACUGCAUCUGGAGCGCUGUCUCAAGGAUCUCCGUGAACGUUUCGCCAAGUGCGAUGUCCAAGCUGGAGAAGUUAUUGUACCAUACAGAGAAGGUAUCACCAAUUAUGUCGCCUCGUCGACCACAGAAAACAAGGAGGAGAUGAACCCGCCAAAAUACCCUGAUCUGGGUAGAGGUAGAGUCGACGUUGUUACCACUAGCAAACAGAUCACUGUUCGCUUGAGCGUUCGACCUCUUCCCGACUCUGUCACGAACUUCCUCGUCAAGAAUACCGCUGCAGUCAAGAGACUGUAUUCUGAGAGGAAGGCCGAGCAACAAGACGCUCCUGUCGCCGAUGGCGAGGCUGUGGAACAAGAAGCAGAGCAUGAAGCUGGUAACGACGUUGGUACUGUCGAGUCAGGCCGAGCAUUGUCCAUGGAUGAGUUCAAGGCACAGCUGAACACAGCAUUUGGUGAGACCAAGGCAGAGAAGGAGCUUUGGCAAGAUGCUACCGAAAAGAUCACAGCAUUUGGGCCUCGCAGAACAGGACCGAAUGUUCUCAUUGAUGCUACCCCAGGUGGUAUCUGCGGCAAAUUCCUACGUGAUAUGAAGCAUGACGGAGAUGACACUACCGAGGACAAUGCUCGUCCGGAUCAACUUCGAGCUCAAGACUUCGUCGACAAGAUCACAUAUGCAUUCCAGCUUGCUACCAACCAAGGCCCCCUGUGUAACGAACCUAUGCAGGGAGUGGCAGUCUUUGUCGAAGACAUCACAAUCAACAAGACCGACGACGAGCAACAAAACAUGGGCCGACUUACUGGUGAAGUCAUAAAGUCGACGCGUGACAGUAUUCGACAAGGUUUCCUGGACUGGAGCCCACGUUUGAUGCUCGCCAUGUACAGUUGCGAGAUUCAAGCUUCUGCAGAAGUUCUAGGACGUGUCUAUGCAGUCAUUACAAGACGUCGUGGACGCAUCAUCUCCGAAUCACUUCUCGAGCCCUCGCCCAACUUCACCAUCUUGGCUUUGUUGCCUGUGGCCGAAAGUUUUGGUUUCUCGGAUGAGAUCCGUAAGCGUACAUCAGGCGCUGCCAGCCCUCAGCUUGUCUUCGAAGGCUUUGAGAUGCUAGAUGAGGAUCCUUUCUGGGUGCCAAGAACUGAAGAAGAGAUUGAAGACCUUGGUGAGAAGGGUGAUCGUGAAAACGUCGCCAAGCGCUAUGUCGAUGCUGUUAGAGAGCGCAAGGGUCUUUUCGUUCAAAGAAAGGUUGUCGAGCAUGGAGAGAAGCAAAAGACCUUGAAGCGUUAA